CACAGCUCUCGGAAGCCAUGCUGAGUAGCAAUUGAGAAAUAAUGGUUUUCCCACCGAGUUUGAUACAUUCCUGCACGUGGCUGACCGUUAGCAGAGCUUCAAAACACACGCACUUUAAACUAGCUUUUCAAAGCUCAUGCGACCUUCGAAGAGUUCAGACCUUGGAAGAGGCGAUUUGGAAUUAAACUGCGUAUCUUCGACACAUUCAAAUCAUUUGAGAAAUCGGACUGAGUUUACAAAAAUAACACUUUUGGGUUUAGGAAGUUUCAAGUCUGACGGAGCAAGGAAUUGAUAAACAUUGAAAAAUAUCGCAAGAAAGCCAUUAAAAGAGUUGUGUUAUAAAAAAGCCAUUGGAGUCAACAGGUCGGGAGACUGAAUUGUUGUGGAGAUUAAAAAGCGUUUGAUGAAAUAUAGGAUACCUGUGGAUUGAGGAACAUCAAAAGUAAAGAACUGACAUUGCUUAAUCAACCGCUUUUCAAGGCGACAGUUUUGUUGAAAUGGAAGUUCUAACAAAGACGGAUUCAGCCUUCGCCCAUCGACGAAAGCUUAGGGUGAUUACGUACGAUUCCCCGGCAUUCAGAGAUCAACCUGGUUCGGAGGCGAAAAAGCGUAAUUUUUGCGAACGAUACCAUAUACAAGUGGCAAAUAAUGGUUCUUUAUCUGAUGGUAAAGUGCCCUACACGGCCAAUGAGAUCGUAAACGCUUGCUAUGCGAGGAUUUGGCGAAGUUCUAACGCGAAGCUGAACGUCUGUUGCGACGAACCUGGCAUUGAAGAUGACAGCGAAAUGCACAAAGCAAUAAACUUGGGAAAGGAUUUGGAUAAAUUACAGAAAUUGCGAAUCAAGUCUCGCAGGAAAUCGAGAAAGUGUUUAGACAACAAUGAAGUCAAGGAUUGGAUCGAAGGGCCAGAGAAAUUCAUUGACAUUCUCGCGAAGUUAAGAGGUGAAAAUAGUAAUGGCUGUUCUGAUAAUGGCUCUAUGGAAAGAGGUGAAGAGUUGGUAGAAAGUGAUAUUCAAACAGACGAAAUCCUGGCUGUUAAAGAUGAGAAAAAGAGAUCAAACCAAGUGCAUUUUCCUGAGCACGUCUUGCUGUGCGCUGCCCUACAGGAGGGUGAUUACGAUGAAGUAGAAAAAGUUAUUAAAACUAACAAUAUUGAUCUGAACUCUCUCAUCGAAACUACAGGGAAUAAUUAUCUUCACAAGACGAUCCUGAACGAUCAGUUGCAGUGCGCCAGAACUCUCAUUCGGAAUGGCGUUGACGUGAACGCUAUUGACAGUGAAGGUGUUUCCCCGCUUGCCCUGGCCUUUCGUCUGAUGAACUUCACGAUGGUGGCCCUCCUAGUUCACUCCGGGGCAGAUGUGGGGGAGUAUACCAGCGAAAGAAUACAGGAAAUAAAUCAAGUAAAAGAUUUAUCAGGUUCCGUUUCUAAGGUAUUUGAAAUGGAGGUAUAAUCUAGAAUUUGAAUAACAGUCCGCGGUGACCAUUUGUCAAUAUGAAACUGUCUGUCUUUCUUGUGUUGUGUUGGGGAGAUGGCUUAGUUUGAAACGUGUGGGUAGGCGGUGCACUUUAGUGCUACAUUAUCAGUCAGACGGCUUUGCC